CAACUAUAGAUCCAUCACAUCAUGCUACAAGCAUGAAUCCCGCUGCUCCUCCAUGCCUUCCCUGCCCGACUCGCCUCCUCCGGUUCCUCCCCCCGUUCCCGUCGAGACCCAUCCGAACCGCACGGUUGGCGUGAAGCCUACCGCCGCGCAACGAGAUCUCCCGGAUCCCAACCGGCUGGCCCCUGAAGAUGCAUAUUACACCUCGUCCCUGCCUCGGGCUCGGCCGACCCAGACGGGGUACGACGACUCUCUCCGUGUGCUGAAUGGCAAUUCGGGCACUGCUGCCUCCGUGGCAGCCCUGCGACCGCCGCCCGCGGUCCCAGGAGUAGGGAGCCGCAAGGUGCGCGGGACCAGCAGACGGAGACGACGAAAGGGUGCAUGGAAGAAGCUGCUGUGGGUGAAACAAUCAUACCCGGAUAACUACACUGACACCGAGACGUUUCUUGACCACCUCCAGCGGAAUCCCCGAGUGCGGCCCUACGAUUUCUGGCCGCUAGUGGCCGACUCCACGGUCAUUGUACAACAUGUUAGUUCUGUGGCUAUAUUUGUGUGUUGCUUUGUCGGCAUUGUUCAGGGCCGCGUGAGCCCAGUUUCGGUGGUCUGCUGGGGAAGUGUCGGGACAGCGUUGGGAUGGAUCUUUUGGGACUCGUGGAUAUUGGGAGAGCAUGUGGAAAAUGCGCAUGUGGCGGAGCGGUCACUGGAGGGUGACGAUGGCUCCAGUUCUAGCUCCAUGACCAGCUCUGUCAAUCCAUCUGGCACUAGCUCGCGAGCCAAUGGCCAGAAGGAGAACCAGGUGCAUGGGCUAGGGUUGAACAUGUCGCAGGGCGAGUCAAGUGAACUUCUCCGGCGACACAGCACGGGGUAUGUGAGUGAUGCCUAUGGGGCACAGGAUCCCGCAUCGCCUACGCCUGGGCCUGCGAACGGGGCCCUGGGUGGCGGUUCUGGUUCACAGGAGCCAGACUACUUGUCGAUGUUUUCUUCGCGGAAUCGGCAGCGGCUGUCCACUGUGAAAUCGGCGUUUUUGAUCUACUUCGCGCUGCUCGGGCUUAGCCCGAUCCUCAAGUCUCUUACCAAAUCUACGGCGAGUGACUCGAUCUGGGCCAUGAGUUGCUGGCUACUGAUCAUGAAUAUCUUCUCCUUUGACUAUGGAAGUGGGGAGGGCGCAGGCGCCACCAAGUUCCCGGCUUCUUUGUCCACUAAUGCAGCGGUGAUGGCCUCGACUGUGUUGGCGUCGCGCCUACCUUCUACUACACAUGUGUUCAGCCUGAUGCUGUUCUCAAUUGAGGUGUUUGGGCUCUUCCCCAUUUUUCGCCGGCAGCUGCGUCAUGUGUCAUGGACUGGGCAUGUACUGCUGACCUUGGCUCUGGUCGGGGUUGCUGGCGGCGCGGUAGGGAUCACCCUGCGUGGAGGAUGGAUGGCGGCGGUGGUUGGCUCGAUCCUAGGGAGCAUCCUAACGGCGCUCGCCAUGGGGGGAUGUAGCUGGUGGCUCAUCAGCUUACAGAAGUAUAAGAAUGUGGUGACAGGGCCAUGGGACCCUGCGCGGCCGAUCAUCCGGCGGCAUUGGGAUUAGCUGUACGCUUUCUCGGUUUUAUAUUUCAUUUAGAAGAUACCCUACAGUCUAAACUCAGACUUGUCUAGCGCUAAUAAUGAAGUUUAACUUUGAC